AUGGAGACGGCAGUGCCUGUUCCGUGUACCUUUUCGAGCCAUGAUCUGGCUAAUGUCACUCAUCGACGCAUGAUGGCACCUCAUCAUGAGCAAAACAUCACUUACUACUCGAACCCAGCGCUCUCGUACGCGGCCCCGAUCCAGUCGUCCUCGCUCGACUUCGGCCAUAUUUUGAACACCAACCAACAUCCUGCGGCAUCCUACCACGGAUUCUUUGGGCAAAACCACUCGCAGCAGCAACCGCCGCCUCCACAGCAGCAGCAGCAGCAACAACAACACCCUCAUCAUCCGCAGCACCAUCCGCAGCACCCACAACAGCAACACCCUCAUCAACAACAUCAACCACACCCUCAGCAUCCGCAGCAUCAGCCUCAUCAGCCUCACCCAUCCCACCAACCUCAUCAACCUCAUCCAUCGCACCAGCAGCAUCAACCUCACCAACCGCACCAGCAGCAGCAGCAUCAACCGCACCCGCACCAUACACAGCACCCACAGCAGCAACCACCACCGCCCCCGCAUGCGCAACAUCCGCAGCAUCCGCAGCAUCACCCUCACCCACAACAGCAACAACAACAUCAGCAGCCCCAACCGCAACCCCAGCCGCACUUGCCACCUUCUCAAUCACGGUUGCCACCAAGUCAGCCAGCUGCUUUGCAACAGCCCAUUCAGGAACCUCGACAUGCAAAGAAUGGCGUCUCGCGUAUGGUUGGGACACCAGCCACACGGGUCGAGGAAACUCAGCCUGCGCGCGCCCCAAUGGAUCAGCCACCUCGAAGUGCUGAGAUUAGCAAGCUGCCUUCUCCGCCAGGUAGCAAGCCAGAGGUCGAGUUCUCUACUGAAAUUGACACUCUCAUGAGGGCAAUCCAAUCGAAACCGCGAGCUACGUCCCAAACCCAGCUACAACUGCCACCGCUCCAAAAGUUCAACAAUGGCGCGUCUACGUCGGGUAAUGUUGCCAUGCAUGGAGGUGCUCCCGAAUGGGCCCAACCAAACUAUGGUGCCCCCAUAUCACAAGACCAGGCCCAACAGAUGCAACAACCUGGCUACGCUCCUCAUCAGCAAACCCGGGGUGCUUCGAAGCAAAAGUCGCGACGCAAAUACGAGUGUACUCUUCCUGACUGCCGCAAAAAUUUCACCCAGAAGACUCAUCUGGAUAUUCACAUGCGAGCUCACACUGGUGAUAAACCAUUCCUCUGCAGCGAGCCAGGCUGUGGUCAACGAUUCUCUCAACUAGGAAAUCUUAAGACUCAUGAGCGGCGGCACACAGGGGAGAAGCCUUAUUCCUGUGACAUCUGCCACAAGCGUUUUGCUCAGCGAGGGAACGUUCGUGCCCACAAGAUCACCCAUGAUCAAGCAAAGCCAUUUACGUGCAGGCUGGAUGACUGUGGAAAGCAGUUCACUCAACUAGGAAACCUCAAAUCUCACCAAAACAAGUUCCAUGCACAGACUCUACGAAACCUCACUAUGCGUUUCGCCAUGAUAACCGAACCUGAUAGAAUGAACCCUCAGGACGCGGAGCUGUGGGAGUACUUUGCCAUGCUCUAUAAAAAUAGCAACAAGGGAAUCAAAGGUCGUGGAAAGGACCGUCGCGUUUCGUCAACCGCCAAAACCCGCGCGAAUUCUACGAAGACAACCACCUCAGACGCCGCCGCCAAUAAUAUCAUCAGUUCCGCGCCUGCUCCUGCUCCUGCUGCUCCAUCAAGUAGCAGGAUGCCCACACACCAACUCCCACUUGGUAGUGAAGAAGAGGCCAAGCUAAUGCGAGACAGAAGCUACCACCGUGGUACUUACCUUGGGACACCCAGCAGUGAUGACGUUGAAUUUCAUGAACAGAUGUAUCAACGAGGCGGGCACUGA